CAUAUAUACCAACAGUAUCAUUAUGGUGUUCAUAGAAAUCUAUCGUGAUCUGAUGUAUCUGUCAAUUUUUCUUUGCAUUGAUGGUUCACCAGUGUCAGUAAUAUUGUCUGCACCACAACAUACACCGGAAGGUCAACCAUUUCAGCUGAAUUGUUCGUCAACCAUUGCCCCAGUUGGGCAGUCUGCUGAAUUUUUGGUAAAUGGCGAAACACUUACUUAUAUCAGACGUCACAAAAUUAUGUGUUUUAACACAGAUUUAGGAACUAAAUGUCGAACUGGGAUGUGUCGAUGUUCCUCAGAUGGUCGAUCUUUCGCUAUAUAUCACAAACUCAGCAUUGUUAAAACUGCUAACGAUAAUUUUACAUGCAAAAUGACUUUUCCAAAUGAGAUGGUAAUUGUUUCAAACGCUGUCAGUGUUUCAAUAACAGGUUUUCCAACGUUGGUUAUGAAUAGCAGUUUCCUUUGUAAAGGACCAGAAAGUGUUACAUUAGUUUGCUCUCUUGAAGGAACACUUGCAGAAUUUGAAUUUAUUGGUUGGAAACACUCUUUUAAUGGUACUUUCAUCCGCCAAUUGAAAGGAAUCAAAGAGGGAAAAUUCUUUUUUCUUUUGUUGAAUCCGUGCAGUUUCCAAGAUGCUGGUGAAUAUGUUUGCUCUGUAUGGUAUAAAGUACUAAAAGAAACCUUUACGGUACAUAAAAGUACGACGUUAUCGGUUUUAGAUAAAGCAGUUAUAACAGAAAAAUCUGCACUUCGACAAGGGUCAAAUCUUGAUCAUGUUGUGUUUUCAGUGCUGUUUUAUUCAUCGUCAACAAUUCAGUCCGUUGAGUGGUUUCUGGAAAACAUCACAAUGUCUUUCCCAUCAAACGAUCACAAUAUAAGCCAGAUGUCUGUUUACAUAAACAUGUAUGGAAAAACAGUUGAAAUUAAUGGAUUUAAAAGUGAGAUGGUGACUAAACUUGCUUACAACCUCCAAAACAAAUAUGCUAUUUGCAUAACAAACACAUAUGGAAAAACGUGCGAAGAAAUAUCGUACAGUGGAAAAAUCCUCGACAAGGAUAGUAGCUUGAAUGUCUUUUGGAUAAUGUUAGGAGUUGUUAUUGUUGUACUUGUAUCAGGACUGAUAACAGUGACGGCUAUUCUAUCGUUAAAAAGGAAGAAACAAACCGGAAGAUUAAUAUAUAGAAUAGAAAGUUCUAAUGUAAGCACUGUUGUAUCAGGAAACGAGAAUCAGUACAUGGAACCAAAUGCCGAACAUGAUGUCCAUCUCUAUGAAGCUGGUAACCGACCAUACAGUGAACUUGUACCUUACCAAACAACUAGAGUAUAUGAGACAUCUCACGGGUACCUGGAAAUACAGGAUGGUAUGAAUAUGGAUACUUCAACACGAAGUAGUGACAAUUAUGAAAAAGUAGAAUAACUGUCGUUUGAUGUUGAUGAUCGUUGUAAUUCGCAACUUUAUUUUUAUAAUUCUGUUAUAGUGUAAGGUAAAAAUUAUAGGUAAACUUAGGCAUUUCAAUCUGAUGAAACACAUAUUAUGUGCAAAAAUUACUGCAAACUAGUUUAAAUGUUAAUAUGUAAA